CACGAUGAAGCUGGUCGGUUCACUCAGGCCCAGGCCCUCAUCUUGUGGGCGGCGUUCCCCGAGGCAAUCGCCCGCUUGAGCGCCGGCGACCCAGCACAAUGCAAGGCGUACGCGCCCACCGUCAACUCGCACAUGUUCAGGAGCGCAGGCAAGCCCGGGUUCCUGUCACCUUUUGGAGCCUACUCCCACGUCUCGGAGAUCGACCGCCAAAUUGCGUCGCCGUCCUUCACCGUCUCCCACCUCGCCAACAACUGGCGCCAACACUUUGGCUUGGGUGUCUUCUCGUCUCAAAACUUCUACGACGACGGCAAUCGCCAAGGCCACCACAGGGCACCCAAGCAUGCUCGACGAAUCCGCGAGUUCGUGCAAAAGCUGACGGGCAACCCGGACACUUCUGGCGCCCGCGUCAUGUACGACAUGAAGGGCAGCCUCCAAGGCGAGCAAAUGACCAGCACAAGCUACAAGAACACGGCCCAGUGUGCGUACGCGGCACACGUCAUUGUCCAGCUCCACAACAGCGGCAUCACAGUCAAGGGCCACGUGCCGCACGUGCUCGUCAUGGCACCAUACUCUGCACAGGUCGACGAGAUGAACAGGCAGCUCCACCGCCUGUCUCCCUCAGAGUACUGCGCACAGGCUGUCGACGUCCGCACCAUUCCCGACAGCAUGUCCGAGGCGGCCGACCUCGCCAUCGUCCUCUGGACGCGCACAAACUCUACCGGCUUCACCAACCAGGCCGACAUCGUCAACGUGGCGACCACACGCGGCCGCUACGCCGAGAUCCACGUCAUCGACUCGAGCAUCUUCUAUCGGGGCUUCGGCCGCGAUGACCACGUCAACAGGCGCGCGUACCUGCACCGGUUGUACAUUCAGUGUCAGGAACAAAAGGCGUGCUUCUUUGGCGGGGAGAGGGAGUGGAUGCUGUGUCGCCGCUGCUUCAAGCCCGAGCACCGUUACUGUGGCGCGUUCGGCUGCCAACACUGCCGUACUGUCGGGCACCACCUCCGCAACUGCCACCGAAAGGAUCAGCACAAGCCACUGCCGUACGUCGUCGCUCAGGCCAACGAGCCCACAGCCCCGGGCAAGGCUGAGGAGGAGGAUCUCAUGUGGUGGUAGCCGAGAUGUAGCCUAUCAGACCUGGUAGUCCGAGAAAGUCGAGUUUUGAUGCCUAGUUCAAUGGCAAUAUCUGAGUGUGCGACACCGCUGCGCCAUGCUGGCCCCAGUGACGGGGCUUUUUGGUCCUCAAUAAUGGAAGUCGAGCUGGGGAAAACAGGAGGGUGGAAAUGCUGUUCAGGCCUGGGCGCGUAGAUAGAUGACAACACUUGAAUUGACAGGUCUUGGAAUUGA